AUGUCUUCAGAUAACCAGUGGUCAGCAGAUGAGGAUGAAGGCCAAUUAUCCCGACUGAUCAGGAAAUCUAGAGACUCCCCCUUUGUCCCUAUAGGUAUAGCAGGCUUUGUGACUGUGGUGUCGUAUGGUCUUUACAAAUUAAAGUACAGAAGAGAUCAGAAAAUGUCCAUUCAUCUUAUUCACAUGAGAGUUGCUGCCCAAGGAUUUGUUGUAGGAGCUGUGACUAUAGGUGUUCUCUAUUCUAUGUAUAAGGAUUACAUUAGACCUCGAUUCUUCAAUGUGUCCAAAAAAUGAAGCUAUCUGCUGGAAGCAAGAAAGACAAGAGGCGUUGGGAGAAUGAGUUUUAUUUGAAAAACGAAACUGCAGAAACAUCAAAAAGAAUUCUCAUAACCUUUGUAUAUUGUCUUCAAAGUUUUAACAAGUUGAUUUCCAGAUCAACAGUCAUAAUCGAUUCAGAAAUAUCCCUUUUUUUUUGUACUGGGAGUCAAACCCAGGUCCUUAUAUAUGAUAGAUGAGUGUUCUAUCACUGAGCCACAGCCACAAACCUAGUCCUGAAAAUAUAUUUUUAAUCAGACUACAAGAAAGAAUAUACUCUCUUGGUACACCUUCAGCAUUUAGAACAGAUUAACUAUGCUUUAUUAGAAAUUGGCCUUUCAUACAAAAUCCAAAAACUUCCCUAAUUUUUUUUUUUUUUCCAGAGGUGGGGAUUGAACCCAGAGCCUUGUGCUUACAAGACAAACACUCUACCAACUGAGUUAUAUCCCCAACCCAGCUUCCCUAAUUUUGAGAGAGAGAAAAAAAGGAAUAUAUUUGUUGCUUUAAAAGAGCAAUGCAAAGAAUUUAUUUAUUAGAGUAGCCAUGCUAUGCAGCCAGGUGCAGUACUGCACACCUCACCUGUAAUCCCGGCUACAUGGGAGGCUGAGGUCAGAGGAUCACAAGUUCAAGGCUAGCCUGGGCAAUUUAACAAUACCCUGUCUUAAAAUAAAAAAAAAAAAAAAGAGCUGGGGACGUAGCUUGGUGAUGGAGUGCUGGCUGGGUUCAAUCCCUACUACCAAACAGACACAAAUAGACACACACACACACACACACACACACACACACACACACGAAAGGAUAGCUAUGUGAACACCUACACAGGAUAAAAGAGAAAAGUUAGAAAGAACACAGGAUGUUCAUUUAUCUACUACAUCUUGGGUAAAGUGGUAGUCAUGUCAGGAAGACCCUAUGAACAAAUCCUAUAUACCUGAAUUUGAAAAAUACUUCUUGGGCAAAGUUUUAGCUGUGUAAUAUAUUAAGGCUUGAAUGAGAGGUGGCUACUUUCAUUGGCUACUGGAACCCUUGAUGCCUUAUGAACUACUUCCUAGGCAAAUGGUACUCUACCAUGGAACUACAUCCCCAACCCUCUUCAUUUUUCAUUUCGUCACCUUGAACUUUUGUUCCUCCUGCCUUAGCCUCCCGUCACUAGGAUUCUAGGCAUGCACCAUUAUGCCCACCCUCCGCCUGCCUUUUAUAUUAGGGUGAUACAUAGUAAUGUAGAAAUAGCUGCUCAGUAACAAUUAGUUAAUUGGUCUUUUCCUGACAUUCAGGGUAUAUACUGUCAGAGCAUCUGUUUUUUACAAAUUGACCACAAAGUGUUGAAUCCCAGGAAUUCAGUAAAUACAUCUGUUACUCUUCAGAUUGUAUGUAUUAGUAUAUGCAUGUUGGGGUUUAGAUAGGGCUUGAGUAUGUCCCCACAAAGGUUCAAUAUGUUGCAAAUUUGGUCCCCAGUGUGGCAAUGUUGAGAGGUGGUAGGAUAUUUUUUCUUUUUUUAAAGUACCAGGCUUUAUCUUAUUCUCUUUUUGAGGUACUAUGGAUUAAAUCCAGGGGUACUCAUCUCUGAGCUCUAUCCCCAGCCCUUUUUAUUUUAUUGGUCUAAAAUUGCCAGGGUUGGCCUUGAACUUGUGAUCCUCCUGCCUCAGGCUCCUGAGUUGCUGAGAUUACAUGCAGCAGGUGGUGGGACUUUUAAGAGUGGGGCCUAGCGGGAACUGAUUACAUCACUGGGGGCACUGCAUUUGGAAGAGAUAAAUGGAAAUGUCAUGGACCUGAGUUAGUUCUCAUGAGAACAGAUUGUUAUAAGGGAGCCUGACUCCUAAAUUGCUCUCUGGCUCUUCGUCAACCUAUGGAAUCUGUCCCUAUCACAUAUGCUCCCACCAUGAUGCAUCUACCACAUGACACAGUAAAGAGGGUCCUCAUCAAAGUUGAGCCAAUGACAGCAUCCUGCUCUUGAACCUCCAGAACUGAGUGUUAAAUAAACUUCUUUUCUUUAUAAAGUA